UCCUCCGCGCGGAGGGGUCUAGCUAGUGUGUCCCUGUCACCAAGAAUAAAAUGGUACAAAAUAACAACACGCAAUAAUCACGUUCAAAGCGUCCAACACAUGAUUUAAAAAAAAUAUUUUUUAGGAUAAGCGUGUCGUUGUGGCUCUCUUUUAGGCAGGGGUUUUAGGAAUGGACGCCGUCGCAACAAGGCUAACGUUAGCCGAUGUUUUUGUGGAUGACUCUGAAAACGAGCGCACAUUUUAUGGCUUUUCUGACAGUGAGAUCAGCGACCACUGCGAUAAGAAUUCAAAUUUAGAAGAAAAAGAUGAAGAUGAAGAUGAAGCCAUGCAGCACGACCUUUGUACCAGGGAGCCGGAAGCAACGUCUAAACUAUCUUCCAGUGCCACAACCUUUAGGCUGAGGGUGGUUCUCCGCUCCACUCCCUCUACCCAGAAGUCUUCUGAUGAGGAGCAGGAGGAAGAAGAAGAAAAGAGGAGGAACAAGAGAGUCGUGAAGUGGGCAGGAAAGACCAGUCAGGCAAAGAAGAAGAGACGUGUUAAAUCUGAAGAUGAAGAGAUGGCAGUGGCCCGGCCAUCUCCUUCCAAAGAGUGUGGAUCCGAUUCAGCAGAAGAUGUUUCUGUUUCUUUUCAGGUGAAGAGAGAACGGAACAUCAAGGCCAACAAAGCGAUGUUGGCUCAGUUAAUGGCAGACCUGCAGAAAAUGCCAGGAGGUGCAGGGAUUUGGAAAAAACAAGCAGGCAAAGAGAAGACAAAAGACAGAAGUUCUCGUCCACCCCGCUCUGGUGCAGCCGAAGGAGAGUCCAGGAAGAACCCGGAAAGGGCGUCUCGCAGACAAACCCGCUCAAUGGGGGGAGGAGGUGGUCCCUCAGCCCCAAAGGAGGAAGAACUGGAGCUCAACUUCGAGGAACUGCUGGAGGUACGCAGAUCCCCACAGCGCCGUGGCACCCCGCGGCCCAAGCUGUGCAAACCUCAUUGUGUCCGUCCCGUGGAGGACAUCACAGAGGAUGAGAUUCAGCUGGUGGCAGACAACAUGACGGAGAAAGUCUAUAACAGCCUUACAGGCUCCACAUGCCAUCAGUGCCGUCAGAAAACGGUCGACACAAAGACGUGCUGCCGCAGUGAGGACUGUCGGGGGAUUAUGGGUCAGUUCUGUGGGCCGUGUUUGAGGAACCGAUAUGGAGAGGAUGUCAAGAAGGCGCUGCUUGAUCCGGAGUGGAAGUGUCCUUCCUGUCGUGGUAUUUGCAACUGCAGCUUCUGCCGCCAGCGUGAAGGCCGUUGCCCGACUGGCAUCCUGUUCCCUCUCGCUCAGUACCACGGCUUCUCUGACGUCCACUCCUACCUCAGCAGCCUCCGCAACAAACUGAAAAGUGAGGACAACAAUGUAGGGAUGUGAUAUUAACACUGUGCAGCAAUUGUUUUGAGUUUUUUUUAAUAAAACAUCCACAACCUGUGGUUUUUAUCUGAAUAAAGUA